AAACGAAACGAAAAAGCAGAGAAACACAGAGAGAGUCUAAUAAGAAUUGGAAUUGUGGCAAACUGGCGAAAAAGCACAAAUUGUCCGUUAGUCUUUUACUAGAGCUGCUAAUGUGCGGUAGACGGUCGGUAAUUUUGAAAGUUCGGUUGUUUUGCCACUUGACAAAAAUCUCAGUUUUUUUUGUUUCGAUUUUGUAUAGUGGUUCUCCGAUCGAUUUUUUGCGUACUUUUUUUAUAACAUCAAAAAAGAGUGAAGUGAGCAAAAAUUAAAAAAAUAAAGAAAAGCAAAUUUAUAAUAAUUGCGUGUUGUUGCAAUUAUUAUAAAAGCUUUGAGAAAAAAAAUUAUAAAACAAACAACAAUAAAGAAUGGAAUUUUGUUAAAAAUCAAUAAAUCAAAAUAAUUCUUUAAAAAGUAAAAUAAACCGUUAUUAAACACGGGUUGUGCAAUCCCACAUAUAGAGGCUUUAGUUAAAUAUUCCAAAAAUAAAACCACAACUACAAAAGAUACUUCAAAAGAAAGAUGCAACUUUUAGAAGAUGAAUGUAAAGAAACUACACAACAGCAACAAACAAAUGUGACACAAGAUAAACAACAGACACAAACGUCACAAAUCAAAAUGGAUAAAUUUUAUCCGCCAAAACCGAAAAUCAACGCAUUUAACGAGUUGUUUACUUGUUAUUUGUGUCAAGGAUACAUGAUAAAUCCCACAACAAUAGAUGUUUGUACGCACACGUAUUGUCGCAGCUGCAUAGCACGACAUUUGGCGGUUGAUUGUUAUUGUCCCCAGUGUGGCAAAGCCAUCACCAUAUCUAAUCUUCAAUCCGAUGAUGCUUUGCGUUCGAUUAUAUUCAAACUGGUACCUGGUCUCUAUCAAAAGGAACGCGAACGUUUAGUGCAAUUUGUAAAUAACCGUAAAAACGAGGGAAACCUAAUCGGGGCCACAGAAAACAGCUUAAAUGAGUUGCUCGAGAGCGAUGACGAUCUAUUCUCCCCCACAGAUCCUAUCAGCUUAUCACUUGAAUUUCAUCCGGUGCUGGCGGAUCAAUGUCCCGAAGGUACGGUGCCGCCAGUGCGUUAUUUGCAAUGUCCGGCCAGUGUUAAAGUACAUCAUUUGAAACGAUUCUUAUGCUCGAAAUUCGAAAUAGAUCCCUGUAAUCGUCGGGUAGGCAUUGACAUCAUUUACGAGGAUGAAGUAUUACCCAGUGAUUUUACUUUGAUGGAUGUUGGCUAUUGUUAUAAAUGGCAAAGGCAUGCACCCUUAAAACUUACAUAUAGAAUUCUGAUAUACAAUGAUGAGUUGCCCUCUAAAUCCGAUAAUGAUUACGUAACAGACGAUAAGGUUUCGGAAAAAUCUCAUAAAAAUUCUAGUUUAAAUAAAACAGUUUCCUUUGCUGAGAACAGGACCCAGAUCACUGUGAAUGGUGAAAAGGAGCAAGCGAAGCAAGCGUUAAUUCCUGCAGUACCCCCAACAACACCGUCUCCUCCCCAGAUAACCAAAGUAAAAUCAUCGAAAUCCUCUUCGAAUAAGCACGCGUCAGCAUAUGCUCCCACACCAGCACAUUUAGAAGUACCUGUAAAAGUAACAAUUUCACGAAAACCAGCGGAAAAUAAAAAAUCGGUUUCAAAAAAAUCAUCCCUAUCGGAUGAGUUUGUAAUGCCCACCACUACCAAUGAUUUUAAGAGUUUACGUAGCAAUGAUAUACGUUUCUGUGAUUAUGCUAUAACAUCAUCCACCACCAACACCAUCACCACCAACGCCCACACUUCUUUGGCCAAUAACUCCAAGCAUUCCACGAAAAAGGAGAAAUCCCAGGCCGUCAAGGAGGAAAAGUCUGCAAAAUGUGAUAUUGUAGUAAGUAUUCCGCACAAUCAAAUGCAAGAUGAAUGGGAAUCGAAACCUUUAUCUCAGCUGAAGACGGCCAGCAAGAAAUCUCCGAAUUCAACCUGUACAGAAGUGACCGUUAGCGCACCACCCACCAAGAAAGUUCGUAACGUUCCAAAACUCAAAAUAGAAUUGAAUAGUUUAAAAACAAAGCUGAUAGAAAAACCUAAAUCAGCUGAUAUACGACUGGACACGUUAAUGAUUAGACAUCAUCGGCCGCGAAAAUUCUCACUCGAUGAGCCCCAACCCGUAGUGGAUAAAGUAGACUUGGAGACGUAUGUAAAACAUAUUGGCUUGAAGCCCAUAGAAGUACAGACAACAAGUACACUGGAAACUCCUGAUAAAUUCACACCAAAUGCCUCGCCCAUGUCCUCAAGUUCAUCUACCACCUCUUCUUCCACGGGUAAUUUCAAUUUCAAUUGCAGUGUGGACAUUUCCUCCUCGUCGUCUUCGUCGCACAAGAAACGCAAGAAAAAACAUUCCAAAGAUUCUAGGGAAUCAAAGGAUUCGAAAAGAAAGAAAAUGCAUGCCGAAAUAUCCUCCCAUUCGGCUGAAGAGAGCUUAAAGAUGAAAGUUAAACUUACACCCCCCAUACAUUAUAAGACUUCAAAAUUUGAAAGUAAGAAAUCUCCGCCUUUUAACAUGGAUAGAGUUGCAGAUCCCUUGGCAUUUGAGAAACCAAAAUCCCCAAGCAGUAAACGGGAUAGAAAAGAUUUUGAAAAACCCAAGUCACCUGAAAGUAAAAGUCAUGAACGUUCUAAGGAUAAAUCAAAAUCCCGUUCAUCUGAAAGCAAAAAGUCUAAAUCUCUUGAUAGCAAACAUUUCCAAGACAGCAAAAAACUGAAAGAUAAAGAUCUAGAUAAAUCUAAACCUUUAGAAAUCAAAAUAGCUUUAAGUAAUACCACGAGCAAAUCGUUAUCAAAAGAGUUCGACGAUGACGAGGAUUUGAUAAUACCUGAUUCAACAUCGUUAGGCUUAAGUAAGUCCCUGGCAUCUAUAAAGGAAGCAAAAUUGCCACAUUCUCCUCCAUUGCCGCCAAGUUUAUUUAAAACUACACCUCUAACCUUUUCGACUUUCUCACCCAACGUAACGACUGUGGCCAAGCCAAAACCUGUUGCAAUGCCAAAAGAAUCUAAAGAAAAACCAAAAACUCCUCACAUGAAACCAAUAGCUCCUAAACCCAUAGCUGCAAAGCCAGUAGCACCACCACCACCUCCAUCAUCAUCAUCCUUUAAAACUCCACACUUUGUAGUUCCUAAUCCUCCGCGUUAUAUGGCCUCAAACUCAACAAAGUUCCUUUCAACACCAACUUCAAUCGCAAGUGCGGCGAACAAGCACAUGGGUAAUCUACUCAAAAGGUCCAUCUCGUUGGAUGACAACAAAAACUCAGGACCUCUAAACAAACAGCAGAGAUUAGAAAAGCCCAAUCAAAUUACAGUAAGUGCUUACGGCAGUAACCUACACAUGACCAAAGUUGAAAUACCAGCCACACCAACAUCCUCCACGGCAAAGGCCACAUACGAGAUUCCUCUGUAUUCUCCGCUCUCCGCCUCCUACAAUCCGAAAUGUUCAUUUAGCGUAAAAUCCACGACCACAGCGGCUAAAACGACAACAAAGGCUACAUUACAAAACCCAAUGACCUCCAGUGCAACACCAGUCCCAACAGCCAAACACACAUUUACCGCAAAUGCUGCGGCAACCAACAAAACCGAUGUGGAUGUUAAAAAAGCCACAACUAAUGAUAUUAAACCUUCAUCCGCCACAGCGAACACCAUGGCCAGCAGUAACAACAAAACAAAAGCAUUAGCAACAACAUCAAUGACAACUCUAAUGGGCCCACCUAUGCAAAAGUUGAACUCUAGUUUAACUGUGGUGCCCACAGCUGUAAAGUCACCUCCUCUCAGUACUGUCCUGCCAUUUGCCUCCACGUCAUCAUUAAACUCAACUUCAACAGCCCAACAACACCCAACUCCUGUGUUGAAUACUGCAUACCUCUCUUCACCACUCUCCAUGGUGAAUUACCGACAGAGUAAAGUUCUCUUGGCUCAUGUCAAACCUACGAAUUUAACAGAAAUGAAAAUCGAAAAAACCACUUCAACUACAGUUGCAGCAUCAACAUCAGUAGCUGCCACAGCAACUGCGACAACAAAAACACCAGUAGCCACAACAAAUGGGUUGGCAACAGAAAAAGCUAAAAGCAGUCUAAGACAAUUUAGAUUGCCCUCUAGAGAAUCUGGUCAAGAUAUACUGGAUUUAUCAGCCACAACAAAAACCUCCACAAAUGGUGUGACGGAAAAACAGCCUUUCAAAUUAUCAACUACCCCCAGCACACCCCCUACAACGUCUACAGGCAGUACACUGGAAAUGGCUUUAAACAAAAUCAAACAAAGUAUGACUACCACCACCACAGCCACUUCCAACAGCGCCAGUUCGAAUGCUAUGGACCAUGUCAUUAAGAAACAGGAACUGCUUUCACCCAUAUCCGAUGACUUGCAAAACCUGCACUUGCUCUCGGAGUCAGCCACAGCCAGAGAGAAAAUCGCCAUCAGCUCAUCGACAACCUCGACAUCAGCGACAACUUCUUUGUAUGAAAAAGCUAAAAUAACCCAAAACUCCUUGGUCAGGCAGCAAAAUGCCUCAGUACGUAACAUACCAAAUCCUUCUGCUUUGGCUUUCCGCAAUCAGCAACCAACAACAAUCAUUCCACCCAUGGUCACUAUUGCUGCCGGUCUGGCCACAGCUCUAGCCGACCUGGAUAAACCCCUGCUACUUAAAACGCCUUCACCUCCCAAAUCACCGCACUCACCCAACUGCACUACCUCCUCCACUUCGCCUACGCGCAAUGCCAGCAAGAAACAUCCGUCAAUCGAUCAAGUGGCAGCCAGUUUAAAUCAGCGAGCCUCUGCUGCCGCAGAAGCCAAAGCCAAACACUCGGAUGAAACGGCCUUGGUAACGUCCACUUCGUCUUCGCUCACGGACAAAUUAGAAAGCAAAGAAAUAAAACAGGAAACUACAGAGACACUGACGCCAAGUGAGGCAACUGCUGCCCAACCUUCGUCCACUGUCAACACAUGUCCCAUGGUCAAUGUGCUAGAUAUUAAACAGGAACCCGAAGAGAAAAUGGAAGAUGUCCCCGAAAUAAAACCAGCAUUUCUCAAUACAACCGUCAAGAAAUCCUCGAUGGUGGAAAAUUUAGUGACAUCGGUGAUAAAUGUAACGACGCCCACAUCUACACUAUUGACUGCAAGUACGGCUGCUGGAUUCUGAAGGAGAUAUUAAAGUUUCUAUCUAUCAUCUGCCAAUUCCACUGCGACGACUUCUUCUGUAAAACAACAAAACCCACUCGAUACGAUCAGUGUUAUAAUGCUUUUUGCAGCUUUUUCUAGAGAAUUAUGGAAUCAAUGUUGAAUGCAACUGUGUGUAAACCAUCAUGCAUCAUCAUGUGAUGUAGACAAAAAUUGCACCAAUAAUUUUCAAAUAGUUUCCCACAGCAUUUAUUAUUGACAUCAGGCGAUCUGCUGGAAAAAGCAAAAAUAUCAUCAGCAACAAUAAGACGAAUUAUGGGAAUAUAACAAACGAAACGUAAAUAUGUAAGAGUGUAUAAAACAGCGAAAUGCAAACUCACACCACUACAGUUUUUAGAUAUUGUAGUUGUAUGAGUUGAGAAUUAUUCUCUGGCAAAAACAACUAGCUGAAAUAAUGAAAUAAACAAACAUAAAAGCGUAACACAACCUGCUUCUAUCAAUGCUCAUGCGAGACUGACUGUUUUUAUACAAUGUGUGUGCUUGCGUACAUGUGAAAAUAAAAACAAGAGAGCUCAUUUGAGAGCUCAUUGCAUUUCGCUGGUAUAAAACAAUCAUCAUUAUUAGUUGAAUGAAGAUGAAGAAAAAAUAAAUUUACCAUAAUGACGGCGUAUGUACAUGUGAAUAAUGGAAAAUUGCUAUUAAACGGAUCGUUUGCCAGUCAAUUUCACCAAAUCAAGCAACUGCGGGUAUAACCUCAAAUUCAAAAUCACCAACAAUCAAUUGACAACAACAAAAACAAUUUCUUAUUAUAACUUCAAGGAAAUUUUUAAAACGGUAAGAAUUAAUUCAAAAUUUAAUAUACUAAAUUUUUAAAAUGUGUAAAAUAAGAUAAAUGUAAAAUGAAUACAAAAUUAACUGAAUUACAUACAUAUUAAUACAUAUAAUAAAACGUGAAUGUUUAAUGUGCAAUAGAGAAAGAAAAUCAUUUAAAAUGGCUUUUUAUCAUAAAAUACUUAAAUAUUUUAAAUACUCGUAGGUAUAAUAAAAACAAAACAACCAUACUCUCAUAUUCAUGCAUUCGUGCUCACAAAUAAAUUAGUAAAAAGCUAAAUAAUAAAAUACAUUAUAAAUAUUUAUUCGUAUCAAUAAAUGUAAAUAAAUUUGUCAAAUUAUCAAUAAUACUUUACACGUACGAGGGCAGUUUGAAAAUUCCUUUUAAAACUAUAACUAAACACAUGUUAAUUCUAAAUCUCUCUUAAACUCGAUACAAUUUAUGUAAACAUUUCCAUAAAUUUGUUAAUAAUAAUAAUAACAAUUUUCAAACCCUUUAAUAUUUAAUCUAUUUCUAACUCGAAGAAAAGUCUGUAAUGAACGUUUACACCUACUAUAUCCCUAGUUUAUUUCCUUAAAGGGCUGACAAAUUUACAACAAUCUCUUAAUAGUUGCUAUUUGCCGAAAAUUAAACUUGAUAUUACAUUUGGAUAGGAUUUUAGAUGACCCUCGUACAAUGUGUAAAUGCAGUAAUAAAUUUACAUACUACACUUACAUUCAUUCAUUCACUAACCCAACAACAAAAUAAAUCAAAAUAAAAAAAGAGAAAUUGUAAUAAUGAAAAUAAAUAAAUAGAAUUGUAUAGAGUAAGUUUUUAAAUGCAGUUAAUCACACAAUAAAUUGAGAUAAACAAAUGUGGCUGGUAGUGGCGCAGUGAGUGGAAUGAUAUAUUUUUUAUAUUGAGUACUCGAAAAUAAGAGAAAAAUAAAAAAACAACAGCAACACGUACGUAAUCUACAUAUUUACAUACCUACAUAAGUACCAACCGUACAUACAUUUUUAAUAUAUGUAAGUAUGGAUGUAGGUACUAAGUACAUACGUAUGUACAUUUGUAAACCCUGUACUAGUGGGUGUUUGUUUGUUUGUUUUCUCUUGCACGAGUAUUUUAUAUUUCUGUUGUCGUUUUUGUUGCUGCUGUUGUUAAUAGUACGUAUAUGUAUAUAGUUGUUGCUAUUUAAAACAGUUCGUUAAAUUUUAUACUACGAACUAUGCUUUGGUUGUUACGAAGUUAUACGAUAGAUGCACAGUGGUUUAUAAAAUGUAUCUUUUUGAAGUAAUACGGUUGCUCGUGAACUAUGGGAGAUAUCUUAAUGAAAUUUCACAUAGUGCUGAUGCUUUUCUGAGUUUAUUUGUAUUUUCAUGUGUUCGUAGUUGGCAUGGAAGGUAGUGGGUGGCCCUCCAAAGUUGCUCUCCUCGUAACUGCAAUAUAUAUGUACAGUAGCCCAAUAAAGUCUACAUACAGAAAUUCAAAUUAAUUUUUUUUUCAUUGAAAGCUGUAUUUGUAAGUUAAAAGUAAUGAAAUAUAUUUGUUAAACUAAUAAAUUCAUGAUAAACAAAUUAAAACAAUAUCACUUAAGUCGGGUUUAGCAACAUUUCCAUCCAAAAUUUCGUUAUUUUUCGUUAUUUUACUCAGAAUCAAUAACUCUAAUAACGGCUAAAGGUAGGGUCACACAUGACAAAUAUUUGACGAAAAAGACGUAACCACUAAAUAAAAUAUUAACAUUUCAGUUCUUAUUCGAAUGUCAUGACAAUUUUUAUAUUUAUAUACCUACUACUUGAAAAUAUCUUUAAAACAUGCGCUUAAAUAAGUGGAUUAUCUAUCCCUCUUAGUUCAAAAGAUAUUUAGGUAAAACAUUUUUUUUUUAUUUUUUUACUUAUUUGUGUACGUGUUUCGUAAAGAAUACUAUUUAAUCUAAAAAUUUAUAAAAAGUCAAAACCCCGAUUAUAAAAAACAAUAUUAAUUUUGAAAGUAACAAUACACUAAAAUUGAAUAAGAAAAAAGUUAUCAACCCAUUGAUAAAAAUAUCGACCUAUAUAAGUUACAAAUUGUCUUACGCUAAUUUGAAUUUUAAAUUUUAUUUCACGAAAAAUCAUGAAAUUUCAGGUUUUUAUGGUAACUGUUAGUCCCCAUCCAUACUGUGAAACAUUUGAGUUUGAUGAUGAAAGGGGAAAGAUGAAUGGAAAAGGGCACUCUGUUUCAUGUACAUGAAGUUUUUGUUGAGUAUGUCAUCCACAUUUAUUCGUUCAUAUUCGUCCUGUACAGAAAUGUCAAAAACUGAAAAGCAAAAACUUCACUGUGUGGACACGAAUGCAAAUGUUUCACACUGUGGACCGGGACUUAUUCUGAAAAUUGUUUAGCUAAAUUUAUUUCCUUUAAUUGUUAAUCCUCUAGUCCUAAGAUUUUCAACAAAACCAAAUAAUUUUACACUCACAUACCUUGACUUCUCUUCAAUUUUUAAACGUUUUUAUACCUUUCACCGUUAGUGGCAAUUUUGUAAUUUCUACAUUUUUCAUUUCCGACCCUACAAAGAAACCUAUAUGUAUAUUCUGGUUGUUAUAGAUUGCGGAGUCCAUAUAGCUAUGUCCGUCUGUAUUGUGAAAUAAACUUUCCGUAGCUCCCAAAUAACUUAAAUACAUGAUUCAUAUAUCAAUAUAUCCGCAAUAGAUCCUGUACGUUUGAAAAUCGGAUCACAAAGAAAACCAGUACAGCCUUGAUUUUUGAUAUGGAUUACAAUAUGGAUAUCUAAUGAUAUGAUAUUAAGUCGGACCUACAAUGGGUCAAAAUCGAAAAAAUAUUAUUUAACCCAUUUUUUCACCAACAAAUUUUUAUAAGAAAAUUAAAAAAAAAAAUAAAUUUAUUUUUG